AUAAACAAUAAUACAGUAAAUGUGUUGUCAUUUUUUGUUUGUUUGUUUGUUUAGUUAGUUAAUUGUUGUGUGUAUUUGUUACCCGAUAGUGAUAGUUGCGGUUAAAGAUAUAUCGGUGAAGAAGAAUAUGUCUUAUUGUCCACACAGACAACAAUUAUCACAUUUCACACCUCAAGACAUAUUAGUGCGCAACUCGUGUCACGUUUGUCGCCAAAGCGGACCUAAUCUAUGGGUUUGCGUCAGCCGUGGUUGCCAUCUGUUUACCGGCUGUGGCGAAGCAGUUGCCGACCAUUCGACCGAUCAUUAUCGACAAAAUCCUGAUCAUCGGCUAACACUUAAUUCAAGUACAUUCAGGAUCUGGUGCUAUGAAUGUCAAAAGGAAGUGAUAGUCGACGACGAUGUUGACAACAUUGAAGACAAUAUCAUCAAAUCUAACGAUAUGAUCGCCGCCACAGCCGAUUCAGUCAACGAUAUAACAACCGAUUUACACAAUGGUAUGAUCAAUGGACCGAUGAUUUCCGGUGAUAUCACGAAUGAGUCAACGAUUCUAUCGAAUGAAGUAUAUGUGGCCGAUAUUACCGAUGAAGACACUACUGACGAUGAGGAGCCACUAAUGGAUAGCCAAACCCGACCCCGAGGACUGACCGGUUUGCAGAACUUAGGAAACUCGUGUUAUAUGAAUGCAGCCCUUCAAUCGUUGUCCAAUUGUCCACAAUUGAGCCGAUAUAUGCUUGACUGUCACUUGAAUGUACGCAAACCGGGAAUCGCCAAAAGCUAUAGUUGUCUAAUGAAAGAAAUUUGGGACAAUCGUAAAGCUAGUUAUGUUGUGCCAACCGGUAUCUCUCACGGAAUCAAAUCAAUGUUUCCGUUGUUUCGCGGUUACACACAACAGGACGCCCAGGAAUUUUUGCGCUGUUUUCUGGAUCAGUUGCACGAAGAACUGAAAGACCAACAUUUCAGUGAUGCCGAAUGUGUGGCACACGGAUACAAGUUUUGCAAUUAUUCACCGACAAAUAAUAAUAAUAAUACUGCCAUCGAUGUUAGCAAUAAUGACAACAAUAAUGAGUGUAGUGAUUCCGAGAGCAACUCGGAUGCCGAUUACGAAACUUGUGAUUCAGGUCUUAGUUCAGAGAAGAGUACGUUUGGCGGUGACUGCGAUUGCGAGACCACUGACCAUAGAGAUGAUGAUAAUAAUAUGUUAGAUCAACAACAUUCGUGUGACCAUCAGUUAGACGAAACAAAUACUAUUAUUGUCGAUGAAGUUGAUAAUGAUGUCGAUGUCCAGAGUGGUGGGUCGUCAUCGCUAACUAGUGCAAUGAUGAGCGGCGGUUCUUCAUCCAUGAGUUUUCAUAUAUCAGUUGGCAAUCAAACGGAUAGUCAAACAAAUCAAUCAGUUUGCGAUAAGAAGAUAAAACAUAUUAAUAAAUAUCAUAGUAUUAUAUCAGAUAUAUUUGACGGAAGAAUUCUUAGUUCAGUACAAUGUCUUAAAUGUGAUAACAUAUCGACAACUAGAGAAACAUUUCAGGAUCUGUCUCUACCGAUUCCAAGCAGAGAACAAAUAAUUAUGAUUAGACAACAACAACAACAACACAACCAAUUCAAUAAUAUUAAUCAAACGCUAAAUGCAUCAAACAUUUCAUUGUUGGACUUAACGAAAGACAAUGUUUCGGGUAUUUAUAGUUGGAUAUGGGAUUGGUUUGACUGGUUUGUCGGCUGGAUUCUGGGACCAACUGUUACAUUACAGGACUGUUUAAGUGCAUUCUUCUCAGCCGAUGAACUCCGAGGCGAUAAUAUGUAUUCGUGUGAAAAGUGUAAUAAAUUAAGAAAUGGUGUCAAAUAUUCAAAAGUGUUAGAAUUGCCGGAAAUUUUGAGUAUUCAUCUCAAAAGAUUUAGACACGAAUUAAUGUAUUCGUCGAAGAUAUCAACACAUGUGACCUUUCCUUUAGAUGGCUUAGAUUUAUCUUCAUAUAUGGCGUGCGACAACAAUUCGCCGACAACUUACGAUUUGGUAGCAGUUAUCUGCCAUUUAGGAACAGCUGCUUCCGGUCAUUAUACGGCUUACGCUCUCAAUCAGCACAACCAGGUGUGGUACGAGUUUGACGACCAAUAUGUGACAUCCGUUGAACCUCAACAGGUGGCUAAUUGUGACGCUUAUGUAUUGUUUUAUCGUAAAUCAUCCGAUGAGAUGAAUAAGCGCCGUAUGCGGGCACUGGAGCUGAUGAGACUAUCCCGUAACGAACCGUCACCCCAGCAGUUCUAUGUAUCAAAACAAUGGGUUAACCGAUUCAAUACAUUCUCAAAUCCCGGACCAAUAACUAACUGUGAUUUUCUUUGUCAACACAACUCUGUCGAUCCCCGCAAAGCAGCCAUCGUUCAUGAUUUGUGUACAAUAUUUUCGGCCUCUGUUUGGGAAUAUUUUGUGAUGACAUUCGGUGGCGGACCUGUCUGUACGCAACUAAAUGUUUGUCCCAUUUGUUUAAGAGAUCAACAAAAACCAACACAAAAGCGAGUCAAAUAUAAAUCCUUUUCAAAUGAAUCGCUUUAAUUAAUUAAUUAAAUAAUUA